AUGGACUACAGGAAGAUUGAGGUGGAGCAGGACUGGAAAACCCACCACUGGCCCAGGGACACUCGCUGGUUCCUGUCUGUGGCUUUACCAUGGUGUCAUGGUGGAUGUCACAGCCAUCACGUAGCUUGUACCAACCUGAGAUAUGUGCCACGGCGUGCCGUGCUCUACUGCCCCGGCAAUGAUGAGAGGAAGCUGAGGAAACUGGCAUCGCUGCGUGGCCUAGACUGUGCCGUAUUGGACUGUGAGGAUGGAGUGGCCCUCAGCAAGAAGACAGAGGCAAGGGAGACCAUCCCCAGGAUGCUGGCAGAGCUAGACCUAGGCAGGACAGAGAAGUGUGUGAGGGUCAACUCAGUGUCCAGCGGCCUGGCCAAUGCUGACCUACAGGUCAUCCUGCAGGCCGAGGUUCUGCCUCCAGCCCUGAUGCUGCCCAAGGUGGAGGACGCAGCGGAGGUGCAAUGGUUUGUUGACAGGUUUCAGCACCACUUGAAUGGACGAGCGCUGACGGAGCCCAUUCGCCUGGUCACCUUUGUGGAAACCGCUGUGGGCCUGCUCAAUUUUAAGGUUGUGUGUGAGGAAGUACGUCGUCUGGCUCCUGCAGUUGGCCUACACCAUGACGGUGUGGUGUUUGGAUCUGAUGACUUCUGUGCCAGCAUAGGUGCCACGCGGACCAAGGAUGCCAGGGAGCUGCUGUAUGCCCGUCAGAAGGUGGUAGUGACAACCAAGGCCUUCGGUCUACAAGCCAUAGACUUGGUCUACAUAGACUAUAAGGACGGAGAGGGUCUACGACAGCAGGCAAGGGAGGGAGUUCUCAUGGGCUUCACAGGUAAGCAGGUGAUCCAUCCCAACCAGGUCCAGGCGGUACAGGAGGAGUUCUCACCCAGUCAGGAGAGGGUCCAGUGGGCUACAGAACUGAUUGCUGCCUUUGACGAGUACCAGAAGCUGGGAAAGGGUGCCUUCAACUUCCGGGGCAGUAUGAUCGACAUGCCCUCAGUGAAGCAGGCUCAGAACAUCGUAACGCUAGCUGCUGCCGUCACGGGGAAGUGAGGCGCUCUGAAAGAAGAUAUGGGGGGAGGAAAGAACAGAGGAGUGAAAUGAGGGGACGGAAAAACGAGACAAGUUGAGAGACAGUGAGAAGUGUCACUUUUAUGUAUACCCUGGCAUUAGCGAGAGGUGAAUGUAUACCACUGGACACCCAAAAUACUUCGACCAGACAGGUUUAUCAGCUGGUAUCAAGCACCAACAUUUCAGAAACUUUGUACUAGGCCUGGUGUAUAGUCACUUAAAUUCUAGGUGUUUUUUUGUUUUGUUUUUAUUAAAUUGAUUAUUGUUGAUAAAUUAAAUGCAUUUGAUUAAUUUGUUCACUGAUAAAGCACUAAAUGUUUGAUAUUCAUAUCCUACGGUGUCUUUGUGGUAAGAAUGACAGGUUUACGGUUAAUGUUUUAGACUGAUGUUAAUGUUGUAAAGCAGGAUAUUAUUUUACACUUUUCAUACUACUGACUGUGCCAAACUGCACUGCACUGCGAUGGCCUGGUUGCGCAUGUACCAUAGUUGCUGGAACCAUGCUGGAAAGGGCAAUUUGAGAAGAAAAUAUCCAUGCCAGCACAUUACAGUUCGGGUUGGCACUAUUUAAGAAUUCCAGUUGUUUCAAUGGUAACCCACAUGAAAAAUUCUACAGUUUACUAUAGAAUACUACAGUACUUACUAUAGAAUGAUGUAGUGAACUGUUGUAUCCUGUAGAAUCUGUAGUAUCCCUUGACACACUGUAGUAUCCCUCGAUCAUGUGUAGUACAUACUAUACAAUGUUGUAUACUAUAGUAAAUACUGCAGUAUACUACAGUCAUCAAAAACACAACAGUAAAGUCAGCAAAAAUACUACAGUAAUGCUACAGUACUUAAUUUGCCUAUACCCUCCCCAUUCCCCUCCCGCCACCCAUAAGUGAGAAACCUACAUGCCAAGUAUAGACUAUAAUGUGUUCCCUACACGUUAUAAGAAAGAGCAGAAGCUAUGAAAUAUCUGUUCAGACCCCAGUCCAACCUACAUACAGGUUAUGGAAAAUGUGCUCUUAUUUGUCUAAUAGGUUUUCUCAAGGAUAAGAUCCCCACUUAUAUGUCAAAGAUCAUAAAACAAAAGCACUAUAGUAAAUACUACAGUAAUGUCCGCAAAACCACCACAGUAAUUAUACUAUAGUAAACAGUAGGUACCACAGGUCAGUCCGCAACAUCAUUACAGUCUGCAAUUACUAUAUAUUUUUUAUUAUUGUAUUAUUAUUAUUUUUUUUUUACCUUUAUUAUUACCUUUAUUAACUGACUAGGCAAGUAAUUUAAGAACAAAUUCUUAUUUUCAAUGACGGCCUAGGAACAGUGGGUUAACUGCCUUGUUCAGGGGCAGAAUGACAUAUUUUUACCUUAUCAGCUCGGGGAUUUGAUCUUGCAACCUUUUGGUUACAGGUCAAACGCUCUAACCACUAGGCUACCUGCCGCCCCUAGGCUUCCUGCCGCCCCAAUACAACAGUGUUUAUACUAUAGUAAACUAUAGUAUUUUUUCAUGUGGUAAUGGAGGGGUGCGGGCACUUUUUGGCAGUGCGUGUGCCUUUGCCUCCUGCCUCUCCUGGGUCAUGACAGAUGCUCACCCACCUCCAGGGUCCAGCUGGGUGAAAGGCUAAACAAACACAACAAGACGCUGUUGUUCUUCCAUUCAGGCUGGGCACUGUGGGCACACACACUCACACACAGACACAGACACACUCCUUCGGGCCCCAGCACUCAGCCCCACAUCAAAGCUCUGUUUGCUAAAGAGCCUUAACACAUUUAGUUAUAGCAACAAUCUGAGAUUUUGCUUCAGUCCUGUCAGUAAAGCUGAGGUCUUUGUGUGUGGACUGAGGGCCGAUGUUCUUCUUGAAGGGGCCGUAAUUAAUACGAUUGAACUGGGCAUCAGGCUCACGCUGACCUCAGCAGCAAAGAUGCAUACAAACCACGGAUUCAAACAGGCACUAACAUGUAAAUACAUGCACUGUCUCUGUGUAUCAUACACACAAACAUAUUCUCACACACACACUUUGACCAUUUAUCGCAAAAUAAAAAAUGAACGAUUGUC